AUGGCAGAUCACAAUGAUAAUUCAGCACAGGCUGCUAAGAAGAAGGCUUCUUUUAUUCAUGAUGAAGAAAGAAGUGAGGAUCACCUCGACUUCGCAGUUGAACAAAUAGCCAACGAAAGAAAUGGCAUCAAAGGAAUCCUCAAUUCACCGUUUGUCUGCGGUGCAGCUCUACUAGCAUCUUUUGGAGGGUUCUCGUUCGGUUAUGAUCAGGGAGUAAUCUCUUUAAUUCUAGUGAUGCCUCAAUUCAUCGAUCAGUUCCCUCAAAUCGACUCCAAUGCCCCAAGCUACGGAUUCCACGUUGGAUUCCUCACAGGAAUGCUAGAGCUCGGCGCCUUCGUGGGGUGCAUCUUUUUUCCAUACCUUGCUGACCGUAUUUCACGGAAAUGGGGAAUCAGCAUUGCAACCGCAUUUUUCUGUAUCGGCGCCAUUAUCCAAACUGCAGCCAAUGAAUAUGACGCACUUGUUGCUGGCAGGUUUAUCGGUGGAAUCGGUGUUGGCACAUUGGCAAUGGGUGCACCGCUGUAUAUCUCGGAGAUUGCUCCUCCAAAUUUGCGAGGCUCACUGAUGGUGCUUGAGGCCAUCAGUAUUGUCAUAGGGGCCAUUGUCGCAUACUGGAUUACAUAUGGGACGAGAGCGAUCCAAGGUGACUGGUCAUUCCGAUUGCCUUUUCUCCUUCAAAUGAUUCCAGCCCUGAUAGUUGGCGGGGGGAUUCAUCUAUUCCCUUUUUCACCUCGGUGGCUUGCCCUUCGCGACCGAAAAGAAGAAGGCCUAGUAUCACUAGCCCAGCUACGUCAAUUACCUUCUUCAGAUGAAACAGUUCAGUUAGAAUGGAGGGGGAUCCUCACCGAAGUUCGGUUCCAGAGACAAGUAAUGCACAGUGACUAUCCCAAUACAGGAUCAGCGAUGAUGGAACUCAAGGGAUGGAUUGAUCUUUUUCGUCCACGGUAUCUUCGCAGAACGGCGGUCGCUAUUGCUAUCCCUUUUUUCCAACAGUUUUCCGGCAUCAACGCCUUUGUAUACUAUGCCCCUACAUUCUUAUCACGACUCGGUCAAAGUUAUCGCAUGUCUUUGAUUCUCUCCGGGCUAGUCAAUGUCGUUCAACUUGCGGCUGGUAUUCCCACACUCGUAUUUUUGGAUAGUAUUGGCAGACGAAAGCUUGCUAUCACUGGUGGGUUUGCUAUGGCUAUUCCACAUUUGAUAAUGGCAGGCAUAUAUGGAAGGUUCAGCGAUAGCUGGACUUCUCAUAAGGGCGUCGGUUGGUUUGGAGUGGCUCUGAUAUAUAUUUAUGUUGCCUGCUACGCUGCUUCAUACGGGCCCCUCGCUUGGGUUCUUCCAGCAGAGGUAUUCCCAAGCUCCAGACGAGCAAAGGGUGUUGGUCUCGCGACUGCGACUAUCUGGCUAGCCAAUUUCAUAAUAGGAACUGUGGUUCCCCAGAUGCUUGUUUCGCUGGGAUGGGGCACCUUUCUAUUUUUCGGUCUGUUCUGCGUUGCUGGUGGUAUAUUUUCUUUCUUCUUUGUCCCAGAAACAUCAAACAAGUCCCUCGAACAGGUCGCAGGGGUAUUUGGGGACGAUCUUCACCACGGUGAGGUGGAGAUCCGGGCACAAAUUGAGCGAGAGGUAUGGCGAGAAACUAGUAUGCAGGCUCAUGUCUGA